GAGGCGCUGCCGGCCUCCCCCGUCCCGUUCCCUCUCCUUCGGCCUCAGCAACUCGUGGAAGAGGAAGGAAGCACGAUUACCACCCGCUGGCGGGGCAGGGGAGCGGUGAUGCUGUUCCCCAGCCCCCCGGAGGACGCCUGAGCGCGGCGUUGCCAUAGCGACGGCUCCCGCUGCUCCCUAGAUAAGGCGGGCAGGAGCAUCAGCUGCAGCCCCAGCCCAGAAAGGUCCCGCUCCAGCGAGCCCCGACGCCAAAUCGCACCCGCCCCACCGCCUCGCACCGCUUCUAACUUCAAAGGGGGAGAAAAGCUUAUUUCAAUGAUGUCAACAGAAUGUGUUCAGCCACUUGAUAUCCCAGAAGACAGACUGGACAAGCGAGAUUCACACUGUAGCCAUUUAGAAGAUCUUUCAGAGCAGCUGAUUAAGAGCUGUGACCUCAAAAAGAAACCAAGAAAAGGUAAAACCAUCCCGGCUUCCCAAAACACUGAACAGGAGCAAAAAAAGCCAAGGAGAAAAGAUACACCAGCUUUGCACACUCCACCACCUCUAACAGGCAUACUUUCAGACUUUUCUGAUAAUCUGCUGAAAAGGUAUGGUAUCACAGAGAAGCCACAGAGAGAGAGAGUGAGUCCAGGCUCUCAGGUCACCGAACUGGAGCAGAAAAAGCCCAGGAGAAAAGAUACGCCUGCAAUACACAUCCCACCCUUGAUAAUAGGCACUAAGCUGCUUACAGAAGAAAAGCAAACAGUGAUUAUGGAAGAUGAAGAAAAGGAUGGAGACACAAUCCCCAGUUAAGAUUACAGUGACAUUUCCAAUAAUGCAGUGUAAAUAAUUCUGGGUCAUUCAAAGUGGCAGCACAUAGAAAAAAAAAGUCCUUUCAUUUUUAUAAAUAAUAAUUUUCUCAAGCAUGCACUUGAAUUUAAAUUAUCUUCAAGUGCUUAUCUGCAUCUCAUGAUAUCCCAGCAAGCAUCAUAGCAGACAAUGACAGAAAUUUCACUUACACGUGGGGUUGGAAGGAUUCUCUUGGUUUACUAAAAGCGGCUUCCCAGGAUUUUUGUCAAUGAGGAAUCCACCUCAGAUCAGAUCUAGCUUUGUGCAGCGUAGUGAUAAGGGUUAACACAAAGGACACCACCAAUCCAGUGUGCCUGGCGCUAGGUACCAGAGCGGUUGGUAGCACACAGCAGUAAAGCAUCAACUAAUGAUUCAAAGUGCAUUUUUCUCCUGACAUUUCACCUCAUUUGUCCAGCUUUCCUCUGCUGGAAUAAUACUGACCACAGUGAAAAUUCCCACGUGCAGAGCUGAUGGGAUAGAUGGAAGGAGUGGGAGGGCAGGAAUCAACGCUAAGAGUCCCUGAAAUGCAAAGCAAACACUUCUUCUGCCUGUAUCUGCUUGUGACUUGUGUUUGUGAGGAGAAAAGGGUACAUUUACUGUAGAAUGAAAACUUACAGCUAAGGGCUGUCAGCAUUGACACAUCAAACAGGACAGAGAGCAGAGCUCUCAGAAGAGAAACAUACGGGAAGUGCAAUGCCUGCCUGUUACACCAGUGUAGACUAGUUUUUUUUCUUUCAAAGGUUUUAUUCCUGGGUUGGUGAAAGAUAAACUAGUUGGAUAGUUGAUCCUUUUACUCCAUUUUUUUUUUGUUGACAUCUACUUUUUAAACUGAGUUCUAGGUUGUCAGUUAGGAGGGGCCGUAAAGAUUAAAAAUCACAGCGGGAGAGUAAAAAUUGAGUAAAAGUAAUAGUGUUACUCAAUGACAUACGCAUACUGCAAGGUGGAACAGCACCAUGCUUUUUUUUUAAUAGCUUACCUCAUUGAUUCAAUCAAGAAUUGUUUUCACAGCCAGCUACAGCCUUCAGCAUUUGUACAAAGAGACGGGUACUUGUAGAAUAUUAUAUAAAAUAGGUAGAACUGGGUAGUUUUGUGCUUACCUUAAUAGCUCUGUGCGCUAGAUGGAGCAGCACUGCCAGCUGGACCCUUAGGGAUCUCAGCAGAGAGGUUAAAGAUUAUCUAGCCUGGCAGACUGAAUUUAGUUAUCUUUUUAACACCCUUAGGCAGACAGCUGAGGAGCACACUAGUUUGGACUUCAUUUGCCACAGUGACUGACCCAGCAUCUUUCAUGAGAACACAGUCCAUUCACAGAUAUUCAGCUUCAAGAUGUAAUCAACAAGCUUAUAAUAAAUAAUCGUGUAUUAAAGUGUACAAGAGGCCAGUUAUAUUAUUAAUGGGAUGCCUGAUACUUAGGAGGUGUACGUUUUUUUAUCCUGUUAAUCUAUCAGUGAGAUGAGAUAAUAUUUAAAAUAUGAACAAUCAAUAGUUCACACAACAACAUUCAUGUAAGGUACACAGUAAAGUAUGCCACAGCAAGUACAUGACAACGAAUAUGCGCGAUUCGAGUCUAGCUUUACCAGUGAAGUUGGUGAAUGUUUUCAGUGCACAAUACAGCAAGAGUGAGAGCGUGGAGUCCUGAAAAGAUUCAAAUGAAUAUCAGCAAUGGAUUAGCUGUGAAAAUGUACAUGUUUAGACAUGGAGACCCUUAACAACACAAGGCAGGAGCACAAAUCGGAUGUGACUGACUUCACUGCUCUGAAGAGGAUUUGUUUCCAAGCCUGGGGAAUGCUGACACAGCUUAAUACGAAAAAAAAGAGCACCCUUUAAGCCUAGCACUGUAUGUUCUUCGCCAAAGAGGAGUUACGGUCCCAGUGACAUCUCUGACAGCACAGCAGCCUAAUUUACCAUCCCUGUAUAGAUCAACUUGAAGCCCAGCCAUAAAAAUGCCGCAACAUACAUCAUUUGCUGCAGCUCAUUUAAAAUUGCAUAUUCAUAGCCUGGUAAUUCAGCAUUUACUGGUUUUCCACCCAGGAGCAACAUGAGUGACUAAAAAGUAAUUUUUCACUU